ACGGGAGACAACCAAUCAAGUUGCGGAACUCAAAUUCAAUUAUUAACAGAAAACAAUUAGGGCGCCAUGAAACUGGUUUCGAGUCCGCGUUCUUCUUUUGUCUCGUUGUACCUUUCCCUUCCCUUUCUCGAUCAAAAUUCAGAAGUAUCAUCAAUUUCACUCUGAAUUUCACUACCAAAAUCGCAGAGUAACCAUUUUAUUUUCGAGAAGUCGUGGGGUUUGACGGAAAUCUCAACCUUUUUCGCGAUUACGGUUUCUGGAUCGUGUCGAGGUGCUUGCUGUUUGUGCUCAUAAGAGAUUCCUUUUGAUUUUGCUGGUUUCAAUUGGCUGGCUAAGUGGUUUUGAGGUUCAAAUUUGAAGACUAUUGCGCUAAGUUGAAAGUUUCUGAUCGCUACGAGUUGCUUCGAACUCCUCACUUCGAAGAAAGUUGUUGAAUUUAGUGAUUCUAGAGUUAAUUUUGACGCUUGUAGAAGUUACGAUGCGAUGUCGAGUUCUGGUUAGCAGGGGUCUUGGUUGGUUCUGAAGUUACUGGUUGCGUUUUUCAGCUCCUGAGUUGAUUUGAGCUGUUGUCUUAGCUUUGAGCAAAGAUUGCAUUCGUAGAAACCACAAUGGACUAUGGACUUUCUGAUAGCAGUGGAACAGAUGACGACCUCCCUCCCUCACAUCAAAGUAGAUUUCAAAGAGGGGCUCGACCUGCUGGUAAUGGAAGAUCUGCAGUUCUUGGUUCUGCUCCAUUACCUAGGGUGCAUAAUGACAUGGAAACUCAGAUCCAUCACAUUGAGCAGGAAGCAUAUUGUUCUAUCCUGCGGGCCUUCAAAGCUCAAUCUGAUGCAAUUACUUGGAUAUCUCUUGAAGAUAUCAGAUGGGAGUGCGAGGAACCUGGAGUUUCUCGUAAAGGUGGUCGACCUGGAGCAGGCCGUGGGAUUAAGAAGUCUAUGCCUCGUGGUGGUGCAAUAUCUGGUGCAGGACGUGGAAGGGGGACCUUAAAGAGUCAGUCAAAGAAAGAUUUCCCGCCAGCACAAAAUGGCAUUGGGAAGAAGGCGUUAGGAGAUAUCGAGAUCCUUCAUACAGAUACUCUAAUUAAAGAGGUGGAAAAAGUUUUUGGUUCAAGUCAUCCUGAUCCAAUGGAAGUUGAGAAAGCAAAGAAAGUGCUAAAAGAGCAUGAACAAGCUCUAGUCGAUGCGAUUGCGAGGCUUGAAGAUGCAUCUGACGGUGAAAGUGAUGAGGGAGGACUACGCCCCUUUUCACAAUCAAUGGAUCAAGGAUGGAGAAAAGGGCGUUUUGAUGAACAAGGUGGCGGCGGCACCGACGGCGUUAAAAGGGCAAGAGAAGUCGAAGACCGCCAAGUUGUGGCGGAUGGCAUGUAAUUCUAGCUGUGUUUUUUUGCGUAGCAGCAAGUGAUAGUAAUGUGUCUGUCCCGUAGAAAUACCCGUUAUGUUUUGUUGAAGGGUUAUUAGGUUAAGUUCUCUGUAUGUUUUAACUUAAAAUGUGCCUUUAAAAUCUGUAAAAAUUUAUGUUUUAAAGCGCACAACUCUGACGACUUUGUAAAAUUGACCUUCAGAAUUCCUAUAAUUAUAGACUAAUUAUUUCAAUUUUCUA